AGUCGUGGGACGGACGCGCCGUCGGCAGGAACACCGCUAUAACCAGUUUUGAAGAGAGUCAUCUACCACCAUCGUAGUAGACCAGCGUCGCCAUCGUUCAGCGAGGAUGACUGGUGGCCAGCAACCAAGACCAAGCGACGCCGGGAAGGUGACGCAUGAGGACGCGUCACCUGUGGGAUCGGGCGCCCCAAAUAAACCAGCCCCGCAAACGCCGGACAAAACAUCUGUCCGUCAGUCUGGCCUUCAGGAAACACCCGAGUCCAGGGGACUAGAAAAUCCACCUCACGUUCACACAUGGGACUCCGGUGAGACAAAACAACAGGCAAUGCCCUCAGCACAGAAAACAGGAGCCGCGAAAGGAUGCAAGAACAAAACGAAAAAGAAGCGAAAGCGAGCCACAUCUCAGAAAGAGACAUCCAUCUCCCAGUCGGAGGGUAGCUCCUCAACUUCUGGUCCCGCCAACCUUCCUCCAGGUGAAGCAAAGCACGGAGCUGUAUCCCCAGAGGGUCGAUCGGCGGGACAAACGAAAGGCGGAGAUGUGAGCAAUGCUCGCUCGCAGAAGAUGCUUAAGGAGACACCAACAGAGGUGCAGAAUGAUAAGGAGUGGCCUAAAUUCUCAACAGAUGAUGGGUCUAAAAUGGAUAUGGAAAUCGAAGACGAAUCCUUGGUGGUACUGCAGGACAUGGGGGACUGGGCGACACUUCUAGAGGAAGAGCCACCUGAGAUCCCUAAAAAUCGAGCGACAACAACGAUGCCUGUGGAAACGAGCCGUGGACUUCUCACCAAGUCAAAUCUUGGAAAACGGAGCGCCUGCAAACGAUCUGCAGAAAUCAGUGCCGCAGAAGAUGCAGAGAAGACUCAAUAUCUCAACAAAAAGGCAAAGAGAGCACAUAAAUCGUCUGCGGCGUUCCCUGAAAGGCAGGACAGAGCUGUUGCUGGCUUGUCCCAACAGCUGCUCUCUAUAAAGAUAGAAGAGAUCGAAAGCAGCGAGACAAGUGACGCUGUUUUUCCCCCACCCACAUCAGGAGAAAUGGAGCGGCUCUGCUGGGUCACUCUGGAGGAAGGACUACCUCGUCAUUUCUCUACGAAGAGUCUGCGUUCGAAGCGAGUGAAUGGCAGAGUUGUUAUAACUAAUCCGCAUACUCUUGUCACAGGCUGUCCGAUCGGCAUCACGUAUACUGGUCUCUUCGGCAAGUUAACCGACGGAGGUUACCAGGCCGGACCCGUUGUCAAAACUCUGGACCACAUGGUGCCGUUCUUAAAGAAGAAGUCUGAGCAAGCCAUCAAGAAGGCAAGAGGCUAUCUAAAAGAAGCCUACAUUAUCCGCACAGGAGAGCUCCGUAAGAAGUCGAAGUCAUACGAUUCGCACCUGUACAUGGUGCACGUUCUUCGGGGUACGCUCGACUACCUCGACGAGCUCGUGCGGUGGUUGGACCAGGUGGACGCCAACCCGUGGGUUCCAUGGGACGAGCGACCGAGCGCCUCUCGGUAGAGUGACUCCUAGCCUUUGAUGUCCCGCUGUUACCCAUAAGCACCUACACAACACACACAUAGAUAAUAAGGUAAAAAGUGUAUGAAAACAAAAUGCUGAUUGAGCAAAAGGCGCCACGAAUCAAGUGCUAAGGCACUUUUGCGCCAAUUGCAUGUUCAUCUUAUUUUUAUUUCUGUCCAUUUAUGUUUGUAAUAAAAUUCGUUGUGUUUGCUUA